GAGGAUGCUGGCAUGAUGGCAGAUUCUGACAUGCCUCAGGCACACCCUGAGAACGGGGAGCACCCUGCGCAAUUACACACAGAGGAUCCCAGCUGGCACAUCCACUGCACCAGGAGGACAAGUCCCACACAGUCCACCGUGCAUCAGAAGCAGCUUGCACAUUUUCUGAAGGAAGACUCGGAUGACUCUGAAGUAGAAUGGAUAAUGAAAGAGUCUACCAAUGAGAAAUACCCUGUGUGUGUUAUCCAAGAGAAUUCUCCAAUAAAUGUAACGUACCAAGAAAACGCAGAGAUCAAACCUGGAUUGGGAAUAUUGGAACAGUUGAGUUCAAGUUCACCAGGAACUUCAGAUGUAGAAAAAGAUCAGUUCUGGAAACAACCAUACAAAGUACAGCAGGCCGAUAGUCUUUCUGCUGUUGAUUCGAUGUCACAGAACUCCUCAUCCAGGCCAAAGAGUCCCUGGGGAAAAUUGGACCCAUAUGAUUCACUUGAGGACCAGGAAAAAGAGUACGUCGGCUUUGCAACACUACCCAGCCAGGUUCAUCGCAAGUCUGUCAAGAAAGGGUUUGAUUUCACGCUGCUGGUGGCAGGAGAAUCAGGCCUUGGGAAAUCAACCCUGGUCAAUAGCCUUUUCCUAACAGACUUGUACAAGGAGAAGGAUUUCCUCAACACAGAAGAGAGGAUCACCCAGACAGUUGAGAUCACCAAACAUUCGGUGGAGAUUGAGGAAAAAGGGAUCAGGCUCCGACUCACAAUUGUGGACACGCCAGGGUUUGGUGACGCGGUCAAUAACCAGGAAUGCUGGAAACCAGUUGCAGAUUACCUGGACCAACAGUUUGAGCAAUACUUCCGAGAUGAGAGUGGCCUGAACAGGAAAAACAUUGUAGACAAUCGAGUUCACUGCUGCCUUUACUUCGUCUCUCCUUUCGGACAUGGGUUACGCCCUUUGGAUGUGGAAUUUAUGAAAGCUGUGCAAGACAAGGUGAACAUUGUCCCGAUCCUUGCCAAAGCUGAUACACUGACUCCUGCAGAGGUUCACAAAAUGAAAGCAAAGAUCCGUGAAGAAAUUAAAUCCUACGGGAUCAAAAUCUAUCAAUUUCCCGACUGUGACUCUGAUGAAGACGAGGAAUUUAAACAGCAGGAUCAAGAAUUGAAGGAAAGCAUCCCAUUCACUGUGAUCGGCAGCAACACUGUGGUUGAAGCCAAAGGAAGGAGAGUUCGAGGACGACUGUAUCCCUGGGGAAUUGUAGAAGUGGAGAAUCCAACUCACUGUGACUUUGUCAAGUUACGAAACAUGCUGAUCCGAACACACAUGCAGGACCUGAAGGAUGUGACACGUGAUGUACACUAUGAAAAUUACCGGGCCCAGUGCAUCCAGAGCAUGACCAGGAUGGUGGUGAAAGAGAGGAACAGGAACAAACUUACAAGGGAGAGUGGCACAGAUUUCCCAAUUCCCAUUGUAUCAGGUCUGACGGACAAUGAGACAGAGAAAAUAAUCCGGGAGAAGGAUGAGGAGCUGCGGCGAAUGCAAGAGAUGUUGCAGAAGAUUCAGCAGCAAAUGCAUGGGCAGAAUCCCGAAGGAUUGUAGCACAAGGAGCUGACAGCUUACUUCAGGGAUUUGAGAUGUUUACAGGGUUCACCCCUGUCUCAGGCAGGGAGACAGUUCCUACAGACAAAGCUGUAGGCUUGGAGAUCUGCCUAUCCAAAUACUUAACUUUAAUAUUCAACAUCUCACCUGUCACCGGGAAGAAAUGCAUUUAAUUUAUUAGUCCCACUAAUUUAAAGCACUUAAAACAGUAGGAAAUGAACCUAGGUUAAUAACUGCAAUAAAUGUUGGAUGUUGUGCUAAAUUUGAGGCAUUUUCAACAUGCUUUAAUUAUCCCAUUUAGCUUUGUUUAAAGCAGGCUUGGUCUUUCUUUCCACAGACUUUAAUAGCUAUGCUCUAUUCUGAUGGUAAAAUAAUGGAUUUUACUGCUGUUAUCGUCAUAGGGUUUCUAAUGUGGUUAGACUUAUAAAACUGCAUCAGUCUGAACAUCUGUGGUCAUGGAUAGAACCCAGCAGAGAUUUCCACGACAUUUUGAUAGCACAAGGUUUCUAUUGACAGCUUUUAAACUUCAGAUUAGUCCUGAGGCACUAGUAAUGUCAAGAAUCUCAUCCUUGCAACUUUUAGAGUUUGCUGGAAGAUGACUUAACUAGAAGGUCUAAAACACUGAGCUCUAGUGGGAAUGAAAAGAAAGAAAUGGGAGAGGGCACUGAAAUAAGGAGCAAAACAUUUUAAAUGAAAGCUAACCUUACUGGAAAUUUGACAAAGCACCAUCAAUAUUUGAAAGAAAAACAGAUAUACAGCAAGUCAGCCAACAUCGCUAGAGAGACAAACAGGUCACUGACCUUUAUCAAUUAAUAUUGGAAGCCAUUCAGGGACAUUGAAUGAGGUAGCAAACAAUUUAAUACUUCUAUUGAACAGAUUUCUAUUUUCUGAGAUAUUUAAAAUAUGCACUAUAAAAGUCACUUAUGAAUUCUUAUUUAAUAUAUUUUGAAUACUUAAAUGUGUUAUUAUUAUAAAAUGAACACAAACCUUACAAGGGUUGCAAUCAGGUCCUUCAAUUAGACUCUCCUAGGACCAGGCUCAGAGAAACAGUGCUCCUUUUGAAGAAAAGUAAUUGAUGGCAUUGGAACAAUUCAUUGCUCAGUGGGCGAGUUGGAUUUCCUGCUCUGAUUUGUGCACAUAAAGGUUUGGGCCCGGGCCUCUAUCAUGCUUUAAACUCUCAGUUAGACGAGGGAGUCCUAAAAUGGACCUUGGCGUUCUUGGAUCAGGCGAAUUGAGCCAAGGUUGCAUUGCUGUCUGCUGCUAGGUACUUUGAGGGAGGAACAGGAAGUCAGCCAGGCUUACAUGUGUUAUUUCAAACUCCAGUCUACACCCCCCCCCCCCCCCGGUACCCAUAAACAAUGGCAUCUGGGUUGAAUGACGGAGAGCAGCCAUGGCCUGGAGGACAAUACUCCAGCACACACUAAUUGUGUAAGAAUGGCAGAAAAAAAAUCAAGGAUGAGAAAAAAAACCUCCAAACUAAAGUCUGCUGCUUCUAAAGGUUCUCUGAAUGAAAUGGUUGUUGAUUGGUAGAUAUUUUAACAACCAAGCAUGAACCCGUUAUUAGCUUCUUAUGUUUAGGUACUUGUGUUUUUCAAUUCAGUUGGACUGCUGUCUGGUAAGUUGCUACAA